AUUUCAAAAACCGAGGGAGGCAUGUGUGGAGUCUGACAAAGCGGUGCAGAAACACGGAGCUGUUCUUCUUAGAACUGAGAACUGAGAUGGAUGAUAUAUAUAUAUUCCCUUCACAACCCUACACACAGAGCACAGCACAAAGCAAAGCAAAGGAGUGAAAGAACCCACCUUACACACAAACCCAAACUCAACUCAACCCAAGUUACUCCUUAACUUAACUCUACGACCUUUUCUCCUUUGCCCUCACUCCUGCAAAUAAAGUACUGACAUAAAACAAACACGAUUCUUGUCCGAAAACAAAAAGCAAGAACGUAGUAAAACUCAAAACCAGGAAAUUAAUAUGAGUUGCAACGGUUGCCGUGUGCUCCGGAAGGGGUGCAGUGACACAUGUCCUCUGAGGUCGUGCCUGCAGUGGAUCGAGUCUCCGGAGUCACAACGACACGCCACUCUCUUCCUCGCUAAGUUCUUUGGCCGUAGCGACCUAAUUUCCUUCAUUUCUUCCGUCCCCGAAACCAAAAGACCCGCAUUGUUUCAGUCUCUGCUAUUUGAAGGGUGCGGGCGAAUGGUAAAUCCGGUGAACGGUGCCGUGGGACUUCUGUCGAGCGGAAAAUGGCACGUGUGUCAGGCCGCUGUGGAGACGGUGCUCGACGGAGGCGUUCUUCGUCCGUCGUCUGAGACAUUCACCGGAGAUUCCGAUGACACGCGCUAUCAUUUACGGACAUUAACACUCAUGCAUGACGUGAGAGAGAUGAAUGAGAACUCAAGUUUGAUGAAUAGACCACAGGAAUUGGAGAUGGCCAGUUACGGCAACCACAAAAAAAAUCAGAUUUUGAAUUUGUUCAUGUAAGACCAUAUAUGCGUUAUAUUAUGACAUGUUACAAUAUCUUAAACAUAUGAAAUGAUAAAUAGACUUGCAAGGUGAAGGUGGAUAG